AUGCUACAUUCGCUGUAUAUCAUUAACAAGGCCGGGGGGCUCAUCUAUCACCAGGACUUGAGCCCUGCAGCGCCCAAGCUGAGCUCAAAUGACCACUUACGUCUAGGCUCUACCUUUCAUAGUAUGCACGCCAUUGCAGCAUUAGCAGCACCUACUCAUUCCGGUGGAAUCGACAGUCUCGAGACCGGCACUUUUCGUCUCCAAUGUCUUCAGACGCCUACGGGUAUUAAAUUCUUUAUCACAGCAGCAUUGGGGACGCCUGAUCUUGAUGUGGCAUUGCAGACUGUAUACGAACUAUACGUGGACUACGUACUAAAGAAUCCAUUCUAUGAGCUGGAGAUGCCAAUCCGCUGCAGCCUCUUUAAUACUGGACUCAAGAGGUUUGUGGACAAGUUUAAUCUGGACAAUGGAAGACGUCGCCCACAGGACAGCAGCGGCACCGAAUUCUACUGA